UCGGCGUGCUGGCACUGCGAUGUGGCGGCGCGUCACGGACACGCUGAGGAUCCGUGCCGCCGCCAGUCGGUGGUGCGGGCGCAUCGGCGAGAAGAGUCGGGAGGUCGCUGCAAUGUCGUCCGGCUCCGGGCCGCCCGGCCACUCAAUGGACGUGGCCGCCAUGCGGAAGAGUUACAAGUGCGACCGCGACGCAUUUGAAGAAGCUCACCUGGUUUCCCUGGACCCUAUGAAGCAGUUCGGUGACUGGUUUGAAGAGGCAGUGAAGUGCCCGUCUAUCCAGGAGGCCAAUGCCAUGUGCCUCGCCACCUGUGCCAAGGAUGGAAAGCCCUCUGCUCGAAUGUUGCUUCUGAAGGGGUUUGGACCCGACGGUUUUAAGUUCUUCACUAACUACGAAAGCAGGAAGGGGAGGGAGCUGGAGAGUAACCCGUUUGCUGCAAUUGUGUUCUAUUGGGAGCCCCUGAACAGGCAAGUGCGCAUCGAGGGGCGCGUGGCCAGGUUGCCGAGGGCGGAAUCGCAGGACUACUUCCACUCCCGGCCCAGAAGCAGCCAGAUCGGGGCUGUGGUCAGCCGGCAGAGCGCGGUCAUCCCCGACCGGCAGUUUUUAAGGGCGAAGAAUUCAGAGCUGGAGGAACUCUACAAAGCGCAGGAGGUGCCAAUGCCUGACUACUGGGGCGGCUACCUCCUGGAGCCUGACAUCAUAGAAUUCUGGCAAGGUCAGACUAACCGCCUGCACGAUCGCAUCCUGUUCCAGCGCCUGAAGGAGGACCGGGGAGCUGACUCCACCCUCACCCACAAGGCCGAGGGUGAUUGGGUGUAUAAGAGACUGUCGCCGUGACAUCCUGCCAUGCUCUCCGUGAAUCCAGCCCUUUCCGUCUGACCUCAACGCCGCCUUACGCCUCUUCCAGGUUGUCCGAUCUCCCACCCGGCGCCGCCCCUCACUCGGGAUGAAAGGGCAUCCCAGGGUUCCCCGUUCCCCAGACAGCAGCCUGCCCUCUCUCGCCGUCGGAGCCUCACCCCGCCACCCGCCUCCUCGUUCUGUUCCGAGCCUCGACCUGCGGGGCGCUGUCGCUCCUCCGCCAGUUUGUUCACCACCCCGUCGGAGGCUGCACCACUAUUGGGGGAGGUAGGGAGGAGAGAGGCCUUCGCCAUGAAAGCACAGAGAGGGCCCGUCCAUUGUGCGGUCCUUCACUGUAACAAGAAGGAGAGGCCCCCCACUGUGUAGGAAAGAGAGGGUCCUUCACCGUAGCUACAAGGAGACCCUUCCAUUGUCUAGGACAGAGAAGGUCCUUGUAGCUACAAGGAGACCCUUCCAUUGUCUGGGGAAGAGAAGGUUCUUCACUGUAGCUACAAGAAAAUCCUUCCAUUGUCUAGGAAAGAGAGGGUCCUUCACCGUAGCUACAAGGAGACCCUUCCAUUGUCUAGGACAGAGAGGGUCCUUGUAGCUACAAGGAGACCC